GCGGUUGCCUGUGGCGGCGUGGAAGCCAACGGUUAACGGAGACGGAGAUUGAGAGCGUGGAGUUGAUAAUGGAUUCUGAAUUAAUGCACAGUAUAGUAGGAAGCUAUUUUAAACCACCAGAAAGAGUGUUUGUUCCAUCAUUCACUCAGAAUAAGGAAGCAUCUCAGAAUCACCACUCUGUGAACUUAGAUGUUAAUGCUACUAAAAUGCUUCAUAGUCCAAAUAGUCAAGCUCUUGUUUUAGCAUUGAAGAGUCUUCAGGAAAAGAUUCAUCGUUUAGAGUUAGAAAGGACACAAGCUGAAGAUAACCUGAACAUUCUUUCCAGAGAAGCAGCACAGUAUAAAAAGGCCUUGGAGGAUGAAACAAAUGAGAGGAAUUUGGCACACCAGGAGCUGAUAAAGCAGAAAAAAGAUAUAAGUAUACAAUUAAGUUCAGCCCAGUCUCGCUGUAUUCUUCUAGAGAAGCAACUGGAAUAUACAAAGAGAAUGGUUCUCAAUGUAGAACGAGAGAAAAGUAUGAUCUUAGAACAACAGGCUCAGCUUCAAAGGGAAAAAGAACAAGAUCAUAUGAAGCUGCAAGCAAAACUUGAAAAGCUGGAUAUCUUAGAAAAAGAAUGUUUUAAACUUACAACAACUCAGAAAACUGCCGAGGACAAGAUUAAACAUUUAGAGGAAAAACUUAAGGAAGAAGAACAUCAGCGUAAGCUAUUUCAAGACAAAGCCUCUGAGCUUCAAACUGGACUUGAAAUCAAUAGAAUUUUAAUGUCUUCAGUAUCAAAUCCAAAAUGCUGUAAGGAAAAGAAGAAAUCUUCAAAGAAAACUAAAUGUUUAAAGAAAGAACCACCUCAGCAAAGUUACUCAAAGUUUGGAUCGCUGCCUUUUGGGACUGAAGAGGGAAAAAUGAAGACUACCAGUGCAAACUUGCAUUCCACAAAUACAGGUAUGCAGAACCUCCUAGAGAUGAUGCAACAUUAUGGCCCACGUAACCUUCAGAAACCUGCUGACAUGACUAAACCUAGAUGUCUCAACGAGCCUACUAGCUCAUGUAAAACUAUACUGCCUGACUCAAAAAAGUCCAUUUCCACUUGUGACAGUUUGUCUGAACUUUUGAUGGCAAUGCAAGAUGAGCUGGACCAAAUGAGUAUGGAACACCAAGAUCUACUCAAUCAAAUGAAAGACACUGAAAGCCAUUUAGUCUCUGAAGAUAUAGAAAAUGAACUACAGCAUUUAGUCAAGAAAAUGAGAAUUAAAGGAGAACAAAUUUCCAAACUGAAGAAGCAUCAAGACAGUGUUCGUAAAUUGCAGCAAAAAGUUCACACCUCAAUGAUGAAUGAAGCUUCAAGUAUUCAGCGAGAAGAUAGCAGCCCUAAGGCCUCAAAGGACAUCAGAAGAAGCCCCAGAAAAUGUUUGCUAACUAACCCUCUUCAGAAGAACAGCAACUUUCAUCCAAUACAGGUCCAUAAUCUUCAAAUGAAAUUGAGAAAAGAUGAUAUCAUGUGGGAACAGUAACAGUCACAAAAAUGAACUCUUGUCAAUGAACCAUUGAGUUGUCUAAAGUGGUUUUAAUUUAAUAUACCUUUAUGAAAUUUUGAAUUAUGUUUCUACCCUCUAUAAAGAAUUGACUUGUGUUAUUUUUAAAUGAAUGACCUAAUGGCUUCCUGAUAGUUCCAAAUAAUAAAUAACUGCUUUCUUGUUUUUCUAAUUGAUGAAAUAUAUAAUAACUAUCCUAUUUUAAAACUACUGUUCAUCUUGUACUUUAGACUACACCUAAGGAUUUAUACUGGAUUGUUAAAUAGUCAGAAUUAAGUUUUAGAUGUGAGUACCAUUCUACUUUCUCUUUUAGUAAGCUUGUAAACCUUAAACCAAUGUAAAAUGAGUAGAACAUGUAGAGAUCUUUUAACUUUGCUGCUGCUUCCUCCCUGUCUUAUUUUAGAGCUCUAAAAUGUUUUUCCUUUUGGUGAAUGAAAAAUUUUAAUAGGCCUUCAGUAUUGUGAAGAGACCUUUAACCCAGCUUUCUAUGUGGCAAUUACAAAGAGAAACCCAGUUACUUCAUUUUUACAACAGUAACUCAUCUUGUAGAAAUUUUUCUCUUAUUUCCAUUCUCUUUUAUAAAUCUGUUUUUUAAAUACCAGUGAUCUCUCUUUGCAACUUCUAUAAUUACAACUUUUAUUACUUUUAUUAUAUGUAGUAUUCAUCAGCAAACUGAGAAUGUGAUUUUCCAGGGGGAAAUAUGGCACUUUUUAUUAUUAUUAUUUUUAAAUCAGUGAUAAUAGUACAAGAUUUCUUUGUAUCUUUGUUCUUCAUAAUAAAAACAUGCUCGUUGCCUAUUUUCCAGACAUCCAUAGAAACUAGUACAACUCUUCUGAACGUUUUUGGUUUCGAACAGAAAUCAUUUGGGGCAAAUAGAGAAUGGGCUUCAUCAACUGAAGUAGAAACAGAGGACAGAGAGAAAGGAUGUGAUAGAAGGGACAAGCUUAAAAGAUAGGGUAGCAGUUGAAGAGGUGGUGACUCCCAAGGGAGGAGUUGGAGCCACAACUUUAUAGGAUUCCUUGAAUGCACAGCUGGGAGAAUGUUCAGGCUCUAGUGUGAAAGACUUUUAGGUCAGGAUUCUGGGAGCUAAAAACUGCAACUUUUGAAAGAUAAUCCUUUUGUCUUAGGAGAUUCCAAAAUGUUUAUGUAGGUAAGGGAGUGGGGGGAUGUGGACCUUCUGAGAAGAACUGUGAGUCUUUCUUAUUGAAAGAAGUUCCCAUGCCUUUCUGUGCCUGAAAUAGGGAGAUGAUUGA